AUGAGCAUAGACGAUUUUGUAGGCAAGUGGAGCCUCAUCUCCAGCGAAGGCUUUGAGGAGUACAUGAAGGAAUUAGGUGUGGGUGUGGCCCUGAGGAAAAUGGGGAGCAUGGCCAAACCAGAUGUUUACAUCAUCAAGGAUGGAGAUACGAUCACCAUAAAAACAGAAAGCACCUUUAAAUCUUCACAGCUCAGCUUCAAGCUGGGUGAGAAAUGUGAGGAAAAUACAUUAGACGGCAGGAAAGUUCAGACUCUUGUCACCUUAGAUGGUAACACAUUGACUCAGCUCCAGCAGUGGGAUGGCAAGGAGUCCACAAUAACACGGAAGAUAGAGGAUGGGAAACUGGUGGUGGAAUGUGACAUGAAUGGUUGCGAGUGUAAGAGAGUCUACCAGAAAGCAUGA